CGCAGAUGGGUCAGGGACUCUGGAGAGUUGCUAGGAACCAGCAACUGCAACACCAAGGAUACAGUGGACAAGGCUAUCUUACCAGAGAACAUGGUAGGAGGAUAGCUACUAGCAAUGUUUCCAAUACCAGCCAUCGCAAACAAGCCCAAGGAGGCAUUGACAUCUACCACCUGUUGAAGACAAGAAAAUCUAAAGAACAAGAAGGAUUCAUUAACCUGGAAAUGCUACCACCAGAGCUGAGUUUUACUAUUUUGUCAUACCUGAAUGCAACUGAUCUCUGUCUAGCUUCAUGUGUCUGGCAGGAUCUUGCUAAUGAUGAGCUUCUCUGGCAAGGGUUGUGCAAAUCCACUUGGGGUCACUGUUCUAUAUACAAUAAGAAUCCGCCUCUAGGAUUUUCUUUUAGAAAAUUGUAUAUGCAGCUAGAUGAGGGCAGUCUCACCUUUAAUGCCAACCCUGAUGAGGGAGUCAACUACUUUAUGUCCAAGGGCAUACUAGACGAUUCACCGAAAGAAAUAGCUAAGUUUAUCUUUUGCACAAGAACACUAAAUUGGAAGAAGCUGAGAAUCUACCUUGAUGAAAGGCGAGAUGUUUUGGAUGACCUUGUGACGCUGCACAACUUCAGAAAUCAAUUCUUGCCAAAUGCACUGAGAGAGUUCUUCAGACACAUUCAUGCUCCUGAGGAGCGUGGGGAGUACCUUGAGACUCUCAUAACAAAGUUCUCUCACAGAUUCUGUGCUUGUAACCCUGAUUUGAUGAGAGAGCUUGGCCUUAGCCCUGAUGCAGUUUAUGUACUGUGUUACUCUUUGAUUCUACUUUCUAUUGAUCUAACAAGCCCUCACGUGAAGAACAAAAUGUCAAAGAGGGAAUUCAUCCGAAAUACGCGACGAGCUGCACAGAAUAUUAGUGAAGAUUUUGUAGGGCACCUUUAUGACAACAUCUACCUUAUUGGCCAUGUGGCUGCCUAAAAGCACAAUUUGCUAGCACUUAAAAAUUAGAAUUUUCAAAAAACACAUCAAUUCAAGAAAUUAAUUAUUUUGUAAAAAUGGGGGUUAUUUUAGUGCUGGUCAUUCUAACCUCUGUAUGCAAUCAAAGUGUGUGUGUGUGUGUGUAUGUGUAAACUACCUUUUCUAUCUAUUUACCAUCAGAACAGAAGGAUUUGGAGUAUGUUUUUCAUAAUUUUUUUAGUUUUGCACAAAACAAUGCCAAUACUCUGACAUAGCCAUUUACGAACGUUAAACUGACAUUGCAGUCUCAGUUGAUAAAGUGGUGAAUUUGUGCAUUAGAUCUUCUUGAAACUUUAAUAAGUUCAUUCUUUUUAGAAUACCAUGUAAUGUGUAUAUAUUUAACUAAAGAGAUUUAUAAUCAUAAUUAUUUUAUUGUAAAAUAUUUUAACUAAAAUUUCUCCUUUUAUCUCUUAAAAUA